GUGAGAGAGGGUGAGGUGUGAGAGGGUGAGGUGUGAGGGGGUGAGGUGUGAGAGAGGGUAAGUGUGAAGAGAGGGGAUUGCAUGCUUGUGAGGAGCGGUAGUGCAGCGGUUUUCGCGCUGCGUUACGAACCGGGCAACCCGAGUUCGAUUCCCGUUCACGCCUAACACCGGUGACAAUCUGAACCGGUCCUGGGCCUCGCCUAGGUUGACUCGGCCUCAAAUGAGUACAGCACCUGGGGCGCACCCAGACUGGCUUGCUCCAGAUGGGAAUUAGUCACUACGUGAGACGGGCCAUGGUGCGCGUGGUGUCAUCUCGCUGGUACCAGCUGCUGUGCCUCGCCAUUGCGUCGCUCGCCGUCUUUGGAUUCUACUACUUUGCCGGUGGGCAAGAGAGCUUCUCCAGCGCGACCCGCAAGCUCAUGCUGCAAGCCAACCACGGAAAGGCCGGCGGCGAUCAUGUCGGCAGCCACAGUGGGGGCCAAAGCGGCAUGCCUGUUGUUGGCGCUUCAAAGACCGAUGGACCCGUGUUGAAACCCCAAAUGGAUGAGCAGUUUCAAAAUGGCAAAAGCCGUGGUGAGGAUAACGUUCGCGUGCCUUUGGUUGAGGAACCUACUGGUUUUAAAACAAGUAAGGCACAGCAGUUGGGUCCCACAGAGUACCACGUGUUGAUGAUGUUCACCAAGGUGAACCAGAAACAUGAUCUCCAAGAAAAGUUCAAGAUAUUUAUGAAAUCAUUGGUGAUGCACUCACACUUUGAAGAGAACGAAUUACUUCAUAUGCACCUGGUCUGUGACGAGCCGAGCAGAGCCCUAGGGCAGAAGCUUCUCGAUGCGUUCCUCGGGAAGGCUUCCUUUCAUUCCAAGGUGACUGUGCAUGGUGUGGGACAGCUGGCUGAACAGCUGCAUCCCAUUGUGGAGCCAAUGCAGAGCCACUUCAGUGCUGGCUCCGGAUCUUACUUCAAUGAUGCCAUCUUUUUUAUGUCUGUUGCCAUGCACCUCUUUAUGCCACGAGAGAUGGAGCGAAUCGUGCAGCUGGAUCUGGACUUGAAGCUCAUGGCCAACAUUCGCCUCCUCUUCUCCGAGUUUGAUAAGUUUGGACCGGACGCUGUUAUCGGCAUCGCCCACGAGAUGCAGCCUGUGUACAGGCAUGCAUUUUGGCAGUACCGCAAGGACCACCCUGGCACACACGUUGGCGAGCCGCCCGCGGACGGCUUACCGGGCUUCAACAGUGGUGUCCUGCUCCUGGAUUUAGUUCGUAUGCGGAACUCAGCCAAAUACACGGAAGCCUUGACGCCGUCUGCUGUCAAGGACUUGGCGACCCGUUUCUCGUUUCGUGGCCACCUCGGUGACCAGGACUUCUUUACGGUAUUAGGGGCCGCAGAACCUCAUCUGUUCCACGUGCUGCCAUGCGGCUGGAACCGGCAGCUGUGCACAUGGUGGCGAGACCAUGGAUAUGCCGAUGUGUUUGAUAGGUACUUUGCGUGCGACCAACCGGUACGAAUAUACCACGGAAACUGCAACACUCCAAUCCCAGAUGAAUAGAUUCCACUUCUGAAAUGACGGCAGGCAGAGACGCAAGUUUCCUCGACCUCAGCUGCACUACUCAACUGCACUUAGGGGUGGUGACCUAGCUCAGCAGUAGCGUGUUCUCCGCUUGUUCCAUACGUUCAGUUCAAAUCCAGCGGCCUUCCUGAUUAAUACUGUAUUUGUAUUAAACAUAAACAUCCUAGACUUCUUCACAUUGGACGUUAAAGGUCAUAUGAUGUCGUGCGCAAGAGUUGGAAAAAUUUUUGCUGCCUUUACUCCAAAUUAGAAAACGUACCUGGAAACUACUCAUUUGGAAUAUAAAUAUAUAGCAGUCAUCACCCUCCACUUUGAAAACUUGCCAGGUUGCUCCUGAAAAGGAGUCCAUUGAUUGAGGCGUUCCUAUGUUUACCAGAAUAAUAAUACACUACUAUAGAGAAUUGUGGUAUUCUUAAUCUAUAUAAAAGGGAAAUUUGUGAUUGUGUAUCUGUUCAAAAUCUUUAGCGUACGUCCCGACAUGCAACAAACUUGAAAUUUGCCAUGUGGGUACUUUCCAGACUGUACACCAUGCAAAAAUUAUAAAAAUAGACUUUUGUAUUUUGGGGGGGGGACGGGAGGGGGGGUGCAAUAAUGCAUAUAUUUUGCACAGCACGUGAGCUGUGACGUCACAUCUAUCAUGUGACCCAUGUGCGGAAGCGUAACAGUGCGCCUGCUGAUCGCGGGUAAAGUGAAAUACAAAUGUGUUGCAGGUCUAAGGCGUUCUUCGCGCAGCAUUGCUUCAUUAUUUCGGUCGUUUACUGCCGUAUGCACCCUGAAAGUUGUGUGUGUCUGCUGCAAGCGUGUGUAUGUGUACCUAUGGACGCGCACGCGUUUGUGUUUGGGGAGCGGUAAUGUAGUGGUUAGCGCGCUGCGCUGCGCUACGAACCCGGCGACCCGAGUUUGAUUCCUGCUCAAGGCCACCACCGGUGACGAUUAUUUGAACCAGUCCUGGGCCUCCCCUAGGUCGACUCAGCCUCAAACGAGUAACUGGGGAGACAAAGGCGGCUGGGCAUCGUGAAUCCAAGUCCCGGGCGAAGCCGGGUAGUAAAUCUAGUGUAUAUAUAUUUCAUGCAAUAUUUGUGGACUCUGAAAUUCAUGAGGAAAUUCUCAAUGAAAUUGUAGCUCAAGUGCUACAUUUGUGCAUAUUCAUCGAUGUCAUUGUAUAAAUCUCAUAUACCGUUCUGUGUUCGUAUUUUUUUAUUUUAAUGUUGAAAAUGGGUUAUUAAUCAUGGUAACACCUGGGGUAGUUCAUUAGCCUGCUUCCAAGUAAUUGUAAAAUGUACAAGCAGAACUGAGUCAUCUUCCAGUUGAAUGAAAUAUUUUAAUGUAUUGAAUUUCCUUAAUUUACCGAAGUGGCAAAGCAACAAAUAUAUAUUUUAGAUUUUUUUAAACUAUUUCAUUUGACCGCAAAUUACAAAUGCAAACGUGUUUAACUAUCAUCAAUGUAAAGUAGCAUUCCCUGGGUAAGGAUUUAUAAUGGCUUUACACAGCUCCUAAACUGGAUUAACGUAUUUUACCAAGGUUUUUGACAAAUUACGGUGGUAAAUAUUAUUUCGUUUUUUUUUAUAAUAAACAAACACGUGCUCUUUUGUUUACAGCUCACGAACUUCCUAUUUGGAAUGUGUCCGUGUUAGAUGGAUUGGAGCUCUGCUCGGUCCGGCACAGCGAACACCUGAUUCUGAUUCUUUGAGUCCAACAAGAACUCUGUCGUUCACGAUCUAGAGUAAGAAUACGAACAAGUGCACUCUCGUUCAGACACAGCUACCUUAACCCUUUUCCGUUGCGAGAUGUCUGCAAGUUGCAGGGUGUGGGUCCCAUUAAUUGCUGAAUCUCACAACUCGCAAACGGUUUAGUGUUCAUUUUAUUUAGAGAGGCGUAGCGCUGUUUUAAAUACAUUGUUACUCACCUCAGAAAACUGUAGCAACACGACACACUCUGAUAGCUGGCAACAAACGG